UCAGUCACUCUUAAAAUUCAUCUCUAGGAUAUUUGAAAAAAACUUUUAAAAUAGAUUAGUUUUUGAUGUUGAAAAGAGGAUUGAUUAAAAAGGAGAGUGAAAUCAAAGGUAAGAGAAAAAAGUUCUUCUAUUUCGAUAUCUACUCCCUUGUAAUAAAUAAUAAAGGAGAAAAAUUGCAUUUGAAAUUUUAAUUUACUGUUUUGGGGAUGGUAUAAGAAAGUGGCUAAUUUCAGCGACUACAUUGUAAUACAUAAAGAAAAAAAAAAUCACACAGUGUUGCUAAAUUUUUAUUAACAACUAGUUUAAUCAAGGUUAUGUUAAUUGGAGUUACUACUUUGAUGAUGAUGAUGCUGUAAAAAAAAAAAUCUUGUAAUGUUUUAUUUAGUACCCUUUCCCAUCAUAGUGUAAAAACAAAGCGACUAAUCAGACGAUUGAAGAAGGAAGUUAGAGUCUGUGAGAGCUCCUUUCUCUCUGUUACAUUUCUCAUAAGCCUUCUUCAUCUAUAUCAGAGACACUCGCGCCAGAACCUUGAGUCGCGAAGCGCGAUUCAAUUGACUGUUUAGACCUACGAUUCCGGCGAGACAGAGCGGGAUGACGAAGGUGAGAGAUGGAUUGUUGCUUGGGAAGAAGACGAUCCUCAAGAGCGAUUAUCUCCCAGCUUGUCAGAACAAGUCCGUGAAUCCUCGGAUCGAAAGUGCUCCAAAUUACCAUCAGGCUCGCUCUCUGCAUGUUCACGGCGUCGCUAUGCCAACCGCCGUUGGGAUACGAAACCUUCUUGACCACAUCGGAGGUCACAAAGCCAGCAAUCAAGUUCAAGUUCUUUGGAUUAGUCUUAGGGAGGAACCGGUAAUAUACAUAAAUGGGAAACCAUUUGUUCUACGUGAUUUGGACAAUCCUUUCACCAACAUGGUAGUACAUGGUAUGAAGAGGUUAAAUGUAGAUCAAAUGGAAGAAGAUUUAAGAGGAGAUGUUCUCAUGGAGGCAUCUAGACAUGGUAACAAGAUCCUUGUGACUGAUGAACUACCAGAUGGUGAGAUGGUAGACCAGUGGGAGCCAGUCUCAAAUGAAUCCUUAAAGACAAUGCUUGAGGUAUACCAAGAACUGCAAGCUGAAGGCUACCUUGUCGAAUAUGCACGUGUUCCUGUGACAGAACCCAAAGACACAGAUUUUGAUGCGCUGAUUAGGAAGAUAUCUCAGGCUGACAUUAACACGGAGAUCAUUUUCAGUUGCCAAAUGGGACGUGGAAAUACGACGGCUGGAAUGGUGAUUGCAACUCUCCUCUAUUUCAAACGUCCUGGAGCAUCAGGUACUUCAUUUCCUUCAGACAACUACUUUGGGAGAAUCUUUACAACUGGUAGAAAUAUUACUUAUGAUCUGCCAAAUUCUGAGGAGGACAAAAUCCGUAGAGGGGAAUAUGCAGUUAUUAGAAGCUUGAUACGAGUCUUAGAGGGUGGUGUAAAAGGCAAAAGGCAAGUUGAUAAUGCCAUAGACAGAUGUGCAUCCAUCCAGAACUUACGAGAGGCAAUCCCAACCUACAGCAGUAGUAUACUGCGUCAACCCGAUGAAAAGAAGAGAGAGGCAGCAGUCUCAUUGUUUGUUGAGUACCUGGAAAGAUACUACUUCCUUAUAUGCUUUUCUGUAUACCUUGAUUCAGAGGGUGCCUUCCUCCAAACUGGUUCGCUUGACCAUGUCAGUUUUGCUGAUUGGAUGCAAGCUAGGCCAGAGCUCUAUGGCAUUCUUCGCAGGUUUCUCAGGAGAGAUCCUAUGGGUGCCCUUGCAGCUAUGAAACCUUCUUUGACAAAGGUUGAAGAAUCUACAGAUGGGCGCCCCCAUGAGAUGAGUGAAGUCGCUGCGCUUAGAAGUGGGGUAGUACUGGGAAGUCAAACUGUUCUGAAGAGUGAUCAUAGUCCUGGUUGUCGUAAUGCAAGUCUACGAGAGAGGGUGGACGGAGCACCGAAUUUUAGGGAGGUUCCAGGAUUUACUGUUUAUGGUGUUGCGAACCCAACUGUAGAUGGUAUCCGAUCUGUCAUUGAAAGGGUUUGGAGUCUAAGAGGUCGCAGGCCGGUUUUUUGGCACAACAUGAGAGAAGAACCUGUUAUAUAUAUCAAUGGGAUACCUUUUGUCGUACGUGAAGUUGAAAGGCCAUAUAAGAACAUGCUAGGAUAUAAGGGAACCGAUAGGGAUACAGUCGAAGGAGUGGAGGCUCUUCUGAAAGAGGAUAUUCUUAGAGAAGCUAAACGUUAUGACGGUGCGAUAAUGGUCAUUCACGAAACCGAAGACCAAAAUGUUUUCAAUUGUUGGGAACAUGUGGAUGCGUAUUCUGUUCAAACACCGCUUGAAGUAUUCAAAAACCUUGAGACUGAGGGUUUUCCAGUUAAAUACGCCCGUGUACCUGUAACUGAUGGUAAGGCUCCCAGAAGCUCAGACUUUGACACUUUGACAUGGAAUAUCGCUUCUGCUUCCAAAGACACUGCUUUUGUCUUCAAUUGCCAGAUAGGGAGAGGUCGAACGACAACUGGAACUGUAAUUGCCUGCCUAGUGAAGCUUCGCAUGAAUUAUGGGAGACCUAUUAAGGUUCUGACCGAUUCAAUUGUGUAUGGCGAUUCCUUAAGUGGCGAAGAGGAACAUGGCCGUGCAUUUGGAAUGGAUGACAUCCUUCUGCUGCGUAAAUUCACUACACUAUUUGAUAAUGGAGUUGAAUCUCGUGAGGCAUUAGAUUCUGUGAUCGAUAGAUGUUCUGCAGUGCAAAAUAUCCGUGAAGCUGUUCUGCAUUACCGAAAAGUUUUCAACCAACAACAUGUUGAGCCAAGAUUAAGAAAUGCUGCACUGAAACGUAGCGCUGAAUAUUUGGAGAGAUACUUCUGGUUGAUUACCUUUGCAGCAUACAUUGGAAGCGAAAAUCUUGAUGUAGCAUUUGUGAAAGGAGGGUAUGAGAAUUGGCUGCAUGAAAAACCUGAGGUUCAAGCGUUGAAGUGGAGCGUAAGGGUAAGGCCUGGACGGUUUUUUACCAUUCCUGAGGAAUUGCAGUCACGACAGGGGGAUGCAGUCAUGGAGUCAAUUAUCAACAAACGGAGUGGUUCUGUCUUGUGCAAAGGUUCCAUACUUAAAAAGUGCCAAAGAACUUCAAGUCGUUUGCAGAUUGAUGAAGAAGGUGAGGAUUCAACUGAGACAAUAAGAGAAGAGGCAGAUGUUUACAUCAACGGAAUUCCAUUUGUCUUGAGAGAACUGCGUAAACCUGUUGAUAUCCUCACGCAUGUUGGAAUAGCAGGCAUAGUGAUAUCCUCAAUGCAGGUAGAAACACGGCUAAAAGAAGAUAUAUUGUCUGAGGUUAGAGAGACUGGAGGUCGAAUGCUAUUGCAUCGUGAGGAGUAUAGCACGGCAUCAAAUCAAUCUCAGGUUAUUGGAUAUUGGGAGUAUAUUCAACCAGAGGAUGUGAAAACAUCUGCAGAAAUAUAUGCUGCUCAGGAAAGAGACGCAUUAGCUUCCAAUGUAGACGCCAUACAUAGUUGCAAAGACGAUUCGCUAGGCUUUGGGGCAAAUGUGGAUACAAUCAGCAGUCUACCUGAUGAGAUGAUUCUCAUGAUCGUGCGGUUUCUACCUGCGAAGGAGGCUGCUCGUGUUUUAGUUCUCUCAAAGAGAUUCCAGAAGCUCUUUACCAUUAUACAAGAUCCUGAGUUGGACGAGAAUCAAGAGAAUUUGAGAGGUUUCCUCGAUAGAGUCUCUGCUCUGCCAGAACUUAUCACCUGCAUCAGAAGAUUUUCACUGAAGUAUAAAGAGCGCGUUGAUUCAGCAGACUUUGCUCUUGUGAACAAAUGUAUUUGUCAUGUGCUGAAGCUCGGAGUGAUGGAUUUUCAAAUGUGCUUAGAUGGUGUGGAGAAAGGUUAUUCACUUCCUCCUGAGCUAUUCACAAGCAAGACUUUGGCCAAGCUUACUCUCGGCAAAGGGUUUGAGAUCGAAGAUCUUCCCAGGGAUGCUUUUCUACCGGCCCUUCAGACUCUGGUGCUUGACUCGGUCAGGUUCUUCUCUCUUCGUGGUUGUGCCUUCCAGGGGCUUCUUUCCGCUUCCCCUGAGCUUAGAGAACUGGUCAUAGCAGCGAUGUGUUGGGAGCACUGGGAGUGGUCAGGCAUUUUAUCUAGUCAGAGCCUUCGAAGAAUCUCUAUGGGUCGUGUCUUCUCUGCUGAAUUUGAUGGUCCUCAUAACCAAAGCAUCAGUUUCGAUACACCCAAGCUUGAGUACUUGGAGUACUCUGAUCUGGUUGCACACGACUAUCCCAUCAUGAACCUUCCGGCCCUUCAAGAAGCUAAACUUACCCUUCAGAUGCUGGUGAAUACUCAAUGGGACAAUGUUGAUCUUCCCCAUGAUGUUGAUAUAUACUGGAGUAAUCCAAAGAAACUACUCAAAGGGAUAAGAAACGUCAAGGUCUUGCAUCUGUCAUCAUCAUCAACAUUCGAAGGUCUUAACUACUUCUCCAAGUCAAUUCCGAUUUUAGCGGAUCUCCAUCAUCUGACCAUCACCCACGAAGACAUCGAGUACUGCUGGGAAUUCCUUCCUUGUUUGCUGGAGAGGUCUCCGAAUCUGAAGACUCUCAUCAUUAGGGGUGGAUUGCACUAUGGACAAGAUGAUGUUUGCAGGUGCUUGUCUAGCUAUUCUUGUCUUGUGACCUCAGCUCUGGAGGUGGUGGAGGUUAGCUUACACGACAGCACUUCGAGGGCUGAGUGGGAUCAGUUGGAGCAUUUCUUAGGAAAGCUCCCCUGUCUCCAGCUGCUCAAAGUCAGAUGUGGAGGAAAGAUCAGCAGAGAAGAGAAGCUUAGGAUGGCGAGAGAACUCUGUCAGCUUCCAAAAGCCUCGUCCAAGUGCAAGAUUCGUCAUGGGAUUCAUAUUGCAUACAAGGAGGAUUGCGUGAAUCUCAUCCUCACUAUAGUUCCCAGCAGUGAUCUCUUGUCUUCCUGGGGAGGUCGUGGUGGUGGCUACAAGGAAUUGGAUGAACAAGAAUUAGAGGAAACAAAGAGACGAAGGGGUGAGGCUGAAGAAGUAAUAGCAUAUGCUUCUAAUGCAGAGUUCUUUGUCUCUGACACUGUUGUUGAGCCAUAUAAUGCAACGCUCUCUGUGCAUCAGCUCGUUGAAAACGCUGACGAGUGUAUGGUUCUCGACAAUGAGGCUCUCUACGACAUCUGCUUCCAUACCCUCAAGCUUUCUAACCCCUCCUGUGAGUAA